AUGAAUGCACAACAGCAUCCCAACGUCCUGGAACUCACUAUACCAGCCUUUCAUGCCUUACUCCAUCAAGGCAGAACCAGCUGUAGUGAGGUAGUACGCACUUAUCUCGCCCGAAUCACCCAGCACGAUCAGACACUCAAAACACUCAUAACAAUCAGCCCCAACGCCCUAACCACAGCAAUCCAAAAAGACACGGAAAUAAAAUAUUAUCUUCGAAAAGGGAUUCCCCUGAAGCCUCUCCAUGGAGUCCCAAUAAUCCUGAAGGACAAUUAUACAACCUCAACCUUACCCACAAGCGCAGGGACCAAGGCCCUACACUCCCUCCGCAGCAAAGAUAGCGAAGUAGUGACGCACCUACUCAACGCCGGAGCUAUAGUCCUCGCAAAAGCAAACCUACAUGAGUUCGCUCUACACGGAACAACAACCUCGUCUCUCGGUGGACAGACACUUAAUCCAUAUGACCUAUCCCGUACUCCGGGUGGCUCCUCCGGCGGCACAGCUGCAGCCUUAGCAGCGAACCUGGGACUUGUGGGGUGUGGGACCGAUACUAUGAACUCACUGCGGUCACCGGCGUCAGCCUGUUCGAUUGUGGGGUUUCGGCCAUCCAUAGGGAGUGUCUCUUGUGUGGGAAUUGUGCCUGUUUCCGAGACACAAGAUAUGGCUGGUCCAAUGGGAAGGACUGUGGAUGACGUUAGGAUCCUAUAUGAGGCAAUGAAAGGGCCAAUUAAUCGAUUGAUGGAUUCUUGUUCUUAUUCUGGGUCUGUUUGUCAUGAGAAGCAGAAACAGCGCGCACCACGAAUUGGGGUUUUGAAUGCGUAUUUUGAACUCGAGGACCCUAUUGCUUGUUCUGAACAGGAUAUUGCCGAAAAUCGUUUGGUCCAAAGUGUUGUCCAUCAUGCGCUAGACACGAUUCAAGGCGAGUUGGACAUAAUGCUGAUCUCCGUGGACUCAGAUCCAGACUGGACUCUGGCGAACCUGCUUGCCAAUGCGGAUACCCAACCUUUUGAAUUCAAGGAUUGUCUCAAUGCCUUUCUUCAGUCUUCGUAUGUAACAUCAACGCCAUGUCGCUCGCUUCAAGAUAUAGCGCAGAGUGGCAAUUAUGACAAAGAAGCUGUGACGGACGUCUUCUAUGCUCCUCUGCGAGAUCCUGAGGUAUACUCGCGCACGAGCAAGGAGUACCGGUCUCGUCUCGAUGCUAUUGCGGCUCUGAAGGAGUCAGUACGAUGGUGUUUUGACAAGUAUGAGCUAGAUGCAUUGGUAUAUCCGCAUCAGCGACAGCUGGUUGUCAACGUUGGGGAAACGAGACAGCCGAAUCGCAAUGGGGUGCUAGCAGCUGUGACUGGGAACCCUGCAAUUUGCAUUCCAGCCGGCUUUGGUCCAGCUACUACAUCGGCACCUCGAGGAGUUCCUAUUGGAAUAGAGUUGAUGGGUCCACACGGAAACGACGAUGACUUGUUAAACAUUGCAUCACAGUUGGAGCAAGUCCUUCAGGCAAGAAAGACACCACUUUUGACUGAAUGA